GCUAGCAGCCGUCACAUAAACACACACGUGCGUAGACUGACCAGUUCUAUCAGCUUAAAGUAUAACUAAACCGAAAUUUUGUUUUUUUAUUACUACUUAAUCUAAAUUAUAACUCGGCGAAAUGACGGAUUUAUUUAAUUCCUCGAGUAAUUUUGAUGCGCCUGCCAAGGAUUUGACGAACGAGGAGCUCAAGGAGUUUAUUAUGGUCGAACAGCAAAAAGCUCAGCUUAACGCUCGGGUACGUGAAUUCAGUGAUUUGUGCUGGGAUAGGUGUAUUGACAAGCCAAGCAAUAAGCUGGACGGCAGGACAGAGACGUGCUUAAAUAACUGUGUCAAUAGGUUUAUUGAUGUCUCGCUCCUUAUAACCAGUAGGUUUGCACAGAUGAUGCAAAAAAAUGCGUAAGGUGAUUAAAUAGCGAUGUCUCUUUCUCCAGCUGCAUUUACCUGAAGGUUACGCAUAAGGAAAAGCGGACUAGUCGAAAUUGCGAUCAGUAUGUAUAUAAUUCAGGGAGAUUGAUUACCUUUGCCAUUAAUCUAGUUCUUUGUAUUAGUGAAGAAAAUUGUUACCUUCAACACGCAUUACGUCAUUUUUGUGAAUGUUACAAUUACUUAUGGAUGAUGUUCAUACACAAACUAAACUUGACGUGUUAGUGUGAAGCAUCCUUAGGAAAGGAGUGUUGCAAAUAAUUAAUAAAUUUACCAGUCAUCUUAUUGAAACUGCAAGGUAUAAGAAAACAACUUAAUUUCUAAUUGAACGAUUCAUUAAAAAAUUUGUCAAUAAGAACGAGAGGUUUGUUGAUUAACUCCAACUCGACGAUUUUAUUUCUUCACAGACCACAUAAAAACAACCCGAUUUAACACUCUUAGAUUGACAAGGAAAAAAUUUUUUUUUAAUUUUAAUAAAAAUAAUUUUAUAACAAGAUUAAUGCAUAUCUCUGUUACUUUGAAAUAAAUCAUUUAUCAUAGAAUUACCAGUUGACAAAAAAUGAUUUCAACAAUGUCAUUCAAGAUAUCA